CGCUCCCAUUGGCUAACAGGGAUGCUGAGGAUGCUGCGUUGUGUAUAACGUCAUCUGACCAGCAGCACGUUUAUCUAUCUCGCCGGCUCAACCCUCACCCGAGAAAUGAGGCAAGUCCUGAUUUUGAGAAACACAGCGGCAAGAGACUGAAGAGUGGACGCCGGUUAAAGUCGAGAAAGGACGCUGUCUGCACGCACCCGCAGUUCACCAUGAGGGAAAUCGUUCACAUGCAGGCUGGCCAGUGCGGAAAUCAGAUUGGGGCCAAGUUCUGGGAGGUGAUAAGUGAUGAACAUGGCAUCGAUCCAACCGGUAGUUACCAAGGUGACAGUGAGCUGCAGUUGGAGAGGAUAAAUGUCUACUACAAUGAGGCAUCAGGGAGAACAGGCAGCAAAUUUGUGCCCCGAGCCAUUCUGGUGGACCUGGAACCAGGAACCAUGGAUUCAGUUCGCUCUGGUCCAUUUGGGCAGCUAUUCAGGCCUGACAACUUUGUUUUCGGUCAAAGUGGAGCAGGAAAUAACUGGGCUAAAGGUCACUACACUGAAGGAGCUGAGCUGGUGGACUCUGUGCUAGACGUGGUGAGAAAGGAGUCCGAAAACUGCGACUGCCUUCAGGGCUUUCAGCUCACCCACUCCCUGGGUGGAGGCACAGGUUCAGGAAUGGGCACACUGCUCAUCAGCAAAAUCCGUGAGGAGUACCCUGAUCGCAUUAUGAACACCUUCAGUGUCAUGCCUUCCCCGAAAGUGUCCGACACUGUGGUGGAGCCCUACAAUGCCACUCUCUCUGUACACCAGCUAGUGGAAAAUACAGAUGAGACCUUUAGCAUUGAUAACGAGGCUUUGUAUGAUAUCUGCUUCCGCACUUUAAAGCUAACCACACCCACCUAUGGAGAUCUUAACCACCUGGUAUCAGCUACAAUGAGUGGUGUGACAACGUGUCUCCGCUUCCCUGGACAGCUCAACGCUGACCUCCGUAAGCUAGCUGUCAACAUGGUGCCCUUCCCCCGCUUGCAUUUCUUCAUGCCGGGCUUUGCACCUCUGACGAGCAGGGGCAGUCAGCAGUAUCGUGCCCUCUCUGUGCCAGAGCUCACACAGCAAAUGUUCGAUGCCAAGAACAUGAUGGCAGCGUGUGACCCCCGUCACGGACGCUACCUCACCGUGGCAGCCAUCUUCCGUGGCCGUAUGUCAAUGAAAGAAGUGGAUGAGCAGAUGCUGAGCGUGCAAAACAAAAACAGCAGCUACUUUGUGGAAUGGAUUCCAAAUAAUGUCAAGACUGCUGUUUGCGACAUUCCGCCCCGUGGCCUCAAGAUGUCCGCCACCUUCAUUGGCAACAGCACCGCCAUCCAAGAGCUGUUCAGGAGGAUCUCAGAGCAGUUCACCGCCAUGUUCCGCCGCAAGGCUUUCCUCCACUGGUACACAGGGGAGGGUAUGGAUGAGAUGGAGUUCACUGAGGCCGAGAGCAACAUGAAUGACCUUGUGUCUGAGUAUCAGCAGUACCAGGAUGCCACCGCUGAUGAAAUGGGUGAAUACGAAGAAGAUGAAAUGGAGGAUGAUGAAGAAGUCCGCCAUGAUGUUCACCACUGAUUCUAAAACACAACGAGCCAGUUCCUAAUAACAGCUGUUGGAGUGCAAUGAGACCACAAGAUGUACGCUAGGGAUGCUGAUUUCAAUAAAUGUUGUGGUGUGCAGAUAAUGAUCAACUAUAGUUGUUUAGCCUAUAUUGCGCUGAAUAUAAAUAUAGCCUUUACUGACAACGACAGUGAUUGGUGUUAGAAUCUAAAGUUAUCCAAGUCAUGCUGUGUCAGUGUCGACAAAUAAGUACAGUUUUGUAACAAUAACUCAAACGUGCAUUCUUUUCCUCAUAUCUCUAAUAAAAGAUCCAGUCUGUA